CCCCCCCACACACACACACACACACACUAACUGACUGACCGGCAGAGCGGGAGCCAUGAUGUAAAAGUGAAAAGGAGUCAGGAGGAGGAGGAGGAAGAAGAACGGACGGAGAGUGGGAGAAGAAUCAACCAGGUUUCUGCACUCAUUCCAGUACGGUACUUUAACCAUGGGACAGAAAAAUGAGAGGUGCUCCCCUACACUAGACCCCGUGUGGACAGUAAUGACAUCGCGUUUCCGGUUGCCAACUGGCAGGACUUACAAUGUACGAGCAUCAGAACUGGCUAGGGACAGACAACACACAGAAGUGGUGUGCAACGUACUUCUCCUGGAUAAUACUGUUCAAGCUUUCAAGGUUAAUAAACACGAUCAGGGACAUAUCCUAUUGGAUUUAGUCUUCAGACACCUUGAUCUGACUGAGCGAGACUACUUUGGUUUGCAGCUGGCAGAUGAUACAUCAGACAGCCCUCGAUGGCUAGAUCCAAACAAAUCCGUCAGAAAGCAGCUAAAAAGAGGAUCCCCAUAUAACUUGAAUUUUAGAGUCAAAUUUUUUGUGACCGACCUCAAUAAGCUACAAGAGGAAUACACAAGGUACCAAUAUUUUCUGCAACUUAAGCAAGAUAUUCUUAGUGGAAGGUUGCCUUGUCCAUACAACAUUGCAGCCCUUCUGGCUUCUUAUUCUGUACAGUCUGAACUGGGAGAUUACAACAAUUCAGAGCACUUGCCAGGCUAUCUUGCCAGUUAUUCCUUUAUCUCCAACCAACCUCAAGACUUUGAAAAAGAAAUUGCAAAAUUGCAUCAGCAACAUAAAGGACUCUCUCCUGCGGAAUCAGAAUUGAAUUACUUAAAUACAGCACGCAGCUUAGAACUAUAUGGAGUCGAAUUGCACUAUGCAAGGGAUCAAAGCAACACAGAAAUUAUGAUUGGUGUGCUGUCAAGUGGGAUUGUAAUUUACAAGAGCAGGGUACGAAUUAACUACUUUCCAUGGUUGAAGAUUGUAAAAAUAUCAUUUAAAUGCAAACAGUUCUUCAUUCAGCUUAGAAGAGAAUUGCAUGACUCAAGAGAAACAUUACUAGGGUUUAAUAUGGGGAACUACCGAGCUUGUAAGAAUUUGUGGAAGGCUUGUGUGGAGCAUCAUACAUUCUUCCGGCUAGAAAGACCAGUACCUCCACAGAAGAACUUUUUUGCACAUUACUUUACAUUGGGUUCAAAGUUCCGAUACUGUGGGAGGACAGAAGUCCAGUCUGUGCAAUAUGGAAAAGAGAAAGCAAACAAAGACAGGGUAUUUGCGAGAUCACCCAGUAAGCCAUUAACGAGAAAGAUGAUGAGCGGGAUGGACUGGGAAUCGGUAAGCAGGAAUUCACUGUCAGAUGACCGACUUGAAACACAAAGUCUCCCUUCACGCUCUCCCCCUGGAACUCCAAAUCAAUGUAAUCCUACACUUCAUAACCAAAUUUGGGACCAGUUUUUCGUAAAUUCUACUCGGAACUCCACAUUCACUCAGGAAGGAAGCCGUCUGAGACCUUCAUCUGUAGGACACUUGGUUGACCACAUAGUGCAUGUUUCAUCAAGUGAAGUCUUUGCCAACCACAAAUCUCCUUCCUCCACACAAGCAAACAGUAUUAUCCUGGAGUCAUCUCCUUGUCAGGAGACUGCUGGAGAAGGACGGCCGCCUGCAUUGCCACCAAAACAGAAAAAAAUCACAACAACGCAAUCUCAACAGUCUAACUCCUGCCAGCAGGAAUUGGACCCUCACUUCCAAGAUCUAUUGGAUGGCCCCAUAACAUCAGAAAAAUCUACACCAAAUGGUAUUGUUCCUCAUGACAAUCUAGUUCUGAUAAGAAUGAAAGCGGAUGAGAAUGGGAGAUUCGGUUUCAAUGUUAAGGGUGGUAUUGAUCAGAAAAUGCCAGUAAUAGUAUCACGAGUGGCACCUGGAACACCAGCUGACACUUGUGUUCCACGACUCAAUGAAGGCGAUCAGGUUGUACUGAUUAAUGGUAGGGAUAUAUCAGACUACACCCAUGACCAAGUUGUUACAUUCAUCAAAGCCAGCUGCGAGAUUCGCUCUGAAGAACUAAUAUUAUUAGUUCGACCCAAUGCUGUUUAUGACGUUGUAGAAGAGAAGGCAGAAAGUGAACCUGAUUUUCAGUACAUUCCGGAGAAAUCUCCUCUGGAUGUAAUCCAUCAGGAUGACGAUGCCUUAAGUGAGUCAAUGAUACAUUUACGAGAUGGUCUGGAGACUGGAACUAUUCUUGCACAGUUUGAUCAACUGUAUAGAAAAAAGCCUGGUAUGACGAUGUCAUGUGCCAAGUUACCUCUCAACAUUUCUAAAAACAGAUAUAGAGACAUCUCACCUUAUGAUGCGACACGGGUUAUUCUAAAGGGUACAGAUGACUACAUCAAUGCAAAUUAUAUAAAUAUGGAAAUCCCUUCUUCCAGUAUAAUAAAUCGGUACAUUGCUUGUCAGGGGCCUUUACCCAACACUUGUCCAGAUUUUUGGCAAAUGACUUGGGAGCAAGGAUCCUCUCUAGUUGUCAUGCUGACCACGCAAGUGGAGAGAGGCAGGAUCAAGUGUCACCAGUAUUGGCCUGAACCUUCUGAAAAUGCAUCGUAUGGGAAUUUUGAGAUUGGUUGCCACUCAGAAGAGGGAAAUCCUGCAUAUGUCUUCAGAGAGUUGACUUUAACUAAUUUAGAGAAAAACGAGAGCCGUCCACUCACCCAGAUCCAAUAUAUUGCAUGGCCUGACCAUGGUGUUCCUGAUGAUUCGAGUGAUUUCCUGAAGUUUGUGUUGCUUGUUCGAGAAACGCGAGUUGGCAAAGAUGAACCAGUUGUUGUACACUGCAGUGCUGGGAUAGGUCGGACUGGAGUUCUCAUUACGAUGGAGACAGCAAUGUGUCUAAUAGAGUGCAAUCAGCCAGUGUAUCCAUUGGACAUUGUGAGAACAAUGCGAGACCAGAGAGCCAUGAUGAUUCAAACACCAAGUCAAUACAAGUUUGUUUGCGAAGCUAUUAUGAGGGUGUACGAAGAAGGCAUUGUGAAACCAUUGCAGUCAACACUGUUCAAUUAGCCUAAGUAUAAGGCAUUUGCUUAUUGUUGAAACUGAUUUGCUGGGAACGUUUACAGUGUCAUAAUGUGCUUGCACAACAUGCUGCCCUGAUGUGCGUUUGAGGAUUGAAAGAUCGGCAAACUGGAGCAUGGACUAUGAGAACCUAAGCACUGUUGCACUUUAUGUUCAAAAAAAUAAUAAUAGUUUCUGCUUGUGUGAUCAUACUGACAACAAUUACAAUGAUCACAGUUGCCGUCGUUUCUGAAAUGCCACGUCCUCUGCUCUGGUUUUGUUCAGGGAAAUCGUCGGCUUUUGGAUUCCUCUGUAGUGCCAAAAGGGAGAACUACCUAUGUGAUUUUUCUCUCACCUGCCUAUGAAUUUGUCCUCUUCCUUGCUGGUUUAACUGAGGGAGUUUAUUCAAAAGGACCACCUUUAACGGUAUACAUUUUCUGUUCAUGAGAUUGACUUAACCAUCUUUACUUGACCCUUUUGUGGAGGAAUCCAUGAACUUGAAAUUGUGCGCUGCAGUGGAAUUAUUGUUUGUUUUUUAUUAACAAGUGUUUUCACGCUGCCUUUGACUAACAUACAGAUAAAACCCUCAUCUCUAGAUUGUGUUCUUUAAUGUAGAAUAUAAUUAAAAUUAAGGUUCAGUGAGCACUUAUUAGUCAAAUUGACCCAAAUUGUCUCACUUUCAGAUUUUGAUGUGCAGCUGUUUAACUUAUGAUGAAACUACAGCAGUCACUCAGUACCUAUUCUCCUCUGUUCCCUGAUCAAAGAACUUACCUUUUUUCCUGCACUUAUGUGCCAAUAUUCCUCAAUUAGCAAGAAAUCUUUUUAUAUAUGUAUAAAUAAACCAUAUAGAGAGAAAAUAAAUGUUAAUUUUUCUCGGUGAAUUCCAACCAACAGUGAUUUCUGGGCUUUACUGACAAAGCAUUAGAGCCCAAAAUGUAAAUAACUCUAUUAGGAAAUUUAGCCUUAACCACCCAUUUCCUAGCAGGAUAUUAGAAUCUGGGUGCUGUUUACUGGUUAGCUACAUUACACAUUGGCUAGGACAAUCUACUCCAAAGACUUGAGUUCAUAUCCAGCGCAGGUGGUGAAAUUUUACUUAACUGUUGUCUUUAUGGGCCUCCAAAAAAAUAUUAAGCUCUCCUUCUCCACAGGCUUGAUCCUGCAGUGAACCCUGCCAUGGGGAAAGGUGUGUGCCUGCAGUAUUUUUUUAAAAUCUAAUUGGUUUCCUAGGCACUAGGUGAUGGGUGCACACCUCCCCUAUCGGUGCCACAUAUAAGCUUGCCUUACUGUAUACCAUUUUAAUUUUACUUCAUGUAUCAGCACUAGUCUUGUACCCAAAGAACUACACAGGAGAGGUGCUGUAAGGUAAUUUUUAUAGUAAGACACUAAAUCAAAGUUUUGGGAGGCACAAAGCACAAAUAAAAGCUUGUAAACUAAACAAUAGCUAAUUUAUGAAAUGCUGAUGGAUGUUGCAGUUUUGCUGGUCAAUUUUCUGGAAGUCUUGGAGCUUUUGACUCCAUUGAUUAGUAUCAGUACAAAUUGCCUCAUUGCAUGCAUCCUAAUCAUACCUCUUUUUUUUUUGAAGAGGGGUGCUUCAGGAAUGGGAUUUAAAAAAAGUUGAUAUUGUCAGGCACAGAAAAUAGCAAAAUAUGCUGCCUAUGAAUGACUAAAAUGAAACUUUUGAAAAAUGUAGAAAAUAUGUAUGCUGAGAUAGGUAGGAUGUGAAAAAUCUGCACAAAAUGUGUUUUAUGAUACUGGAACCCAAUGUUAAUAACUGAUGUGUUUCUGCACAGAAUUAGAAAGACAUUAAAUAUAAAUUAAUAGUUUAGAUUAAUCAAUACACCACUACUUUUCUUUCUCUCACUGUAAAAUCUUGCGCACAUUUUAGUUUUUAAAAAACCUUUAUGACAUAAAGUAAAGAAGUAAGACACUUCAAUGUUUUUUUAAAUGAAAAAUAAAUAUAUAUUUUUGACUCUGCAGGAUCCAGAGGAGAUUGAGACCUCUAAAAGAAUACACUCAGUGAACAGUAUGAAUCCCAAUGCAAAUAAACUUUGCCAGAGAAUAAAAAUGGAUGAGUGACUGUUUAAUUUAUCCCUGUCUAAAUAUCUGCACAUCUGUACUCGUGUGUAUUAACGUGUUGUACCCUGUGCAGCUGUAAAUAAUGCUGUCAAGUUGAAUGCCAUUCAUACCAUCAGCGAAAUGCAAUCCCAUUCACCUGGUCAGGAUUGACGAAGCAAGUAAGCAAUUGGGAUGGUGAGAACAAAGGGUUAAGCUACGCACAACCAAUAAUUGGUAGUAACGAACCUCAUUUACUUCCCUUUUUUUGGUCUGCUUGGUUGUGCAUAACUGCAGUGUUAUUUUUACUAGAUUUACCUUGAGGAAGGAGGCAUGUGAAUUGAUCCAUUUUAUUCUGUCAUGCUGUAUGAUGAACAUGAAUGUAUCUAUCAACCAUGCAAAAUUGCAAGCGGUAGAGUAAUGACUGUUGGAUUUUAAGGAUAAAUAUUUUUCAUACCAUUUGUAUAAAAAAAAUUAAAAGUUUGUAACAUUUCCAUUAAAAAAUGCAGGUUAAAAUGUGUUUAAAUUGUAAAUAAGAGCAAUACUAUUGAGACUCAGUUCAGUGCCAAUUCACACUGUACAGGUUGAUUUCUCUAUUGCUUACUGACUGUAAUUAUGCAGGUUUAGUGUUUGGAUUGUUUUCCAUAUUGUUUAGAAAUUUGGAAGUAAUUUGCAAAUUUCCAUUUCUGAAGUCAUUACGGGCACUUUAUAUUACGAUAUACUACUGAUUGAAUUAUCAAGUGAUUUGAUUUCAUACAUAGACGCUAAGCCUAAUAGUCUUUGCUUUGUGUAUGGAGCUUAUAAGAAUGCACACUGGUUGAUUUGAUUUAUCUUUGGAUUGGGCUGUUAGAUCUAAGAAAAAGCAUCUGGCUAAGCUACUAUAUACACUUUAAUAUUUGAUACUAAACAGUGAAAGUCUAUCUUUCGAGACUAUACCCAAUGUCCAAGUUCUAGGGUAAGAACAAUAUUAGAACAUUUCAGCGUGAUUUGAAAGUUUUGUGUCAUUUAAGCAUAAUUUGAGGGCAGUUAUGCAAAUCAGCCAGUAUUCAUCGCCAAUCUUUCUGCUCAAAAUCCCUAUCUGAUUUCUGCCCUUUAUUCUGAAUACUGUUAAGUGCAGCUGUAGAUCAGGCCAUUUGAUUGGGCACAAAGUUAUGCAUAUUUUUAAGACUUUUUAAAAAAAAUACAAUAUAUUGCAGAAGUAAUUAAAGUUUAGUUCGUGUUGAUGUUUUUAGUAGCAGAACUUCUUAGCAAAGCAAGAUUUAUAAAAAUAGAAUUGCUUAAUUCGCCCACACCUGGGCUGCUACGUAUAAAGUAAGAAAAUAACAGUGGUGGGGGUUGAAAUCUCUAGUGCAGAGUUUAGAAUGAAUAAGUCUUUUGCCACUGGACAAUUUAUUUACUGGAGUGGGCUAUUUGAGUUUGAUUAAUUUGAGAAUGAUUUAUUUGAAACUUGCUCUUAGAGCUUCUAGUUAAAAGGUUUUAAAUUAUAGCAGACUAAUGGUGUUGCCCAGUGUUGAAUACAUACUUAAGGAGUGGUAUAAGUAAAUGAUUGAGGACCGCUUUUCCCAUUGUGACAGAUCACGUAAAAUAAAGUUUGAGUCGUUCCUCCUGUUGUAAUUUGUUAUCUGACAAUUUCCAUUAAUCACUCAAGUACCUAAAAGGGGAAGAGGAAAGAAUGCUUUCUGGGUCUAUUUGCAUUUCAUAAAUACAUAAUUAAUUUAUUUGAUUUUAUUAAGCUUAACCUUUGACCUUCAAAAAAUUGUAAUUAAAAAAUCCAGGAUAGCCAAUUGUGAUAAAGCUGCAGAUUAUUGAUGAUGUAAUAAGUAUGCAUAAUAGUGUUAAUUGCCUGAUGCUGCAAUCUGAACUACACAUUUUUAUAAUCUCCAGUAAAAUCUUCUGAUUGCAAUUUUAUGACAUAUUUAAUUUGAAUUUUUGGCUGCUUUCAAAUUGCCUCUAAGUACUUUUGUUACUGCACUUAAAUAUAUGGGGAAAAAAAAACAAUGCUGGAAACAGGUCAGGCAACAUCUGUGGAGAGAGAAACAAAAGUUAAAGUUUCUGGUUUGUGACCUAUUGUCAGAAAUGAUGCAAGGUAAUUGACCCAAAAUGUUAACUCUCUUUCUCUUCUCCAAAGACACUGACCUACUGAAUGUUUCAAGCAUUUUCUGUUUUUAUUUCAGAUUUCCAGCACCCGUGGUAUUUGCUUUUUUAGUUAAGACAUGCGUGUUUUCCUUUUCAUUGGCUUUUUUUUUUGCCUUCACUUGAAUUUUAUCAACACUGGAAAAAAUGUGAAAAGGAGUUGAGCUUUUGCAGUUCCUUGCUGUAUGCUUUAAGAAGGCCUUAUUCAUUUCAGUUUUAAAAAGUAGCAAAUGGCACCUUUGUUGCUGAUGCCCAACAAGAAAUACCAUCUCAUAGAAUAUCAGCAGUUGAAGGGUUGACUGAUGCAGUACCAACAUCGUAUAAGCGAGCAGUCACUUGGGGCGGGAUUUUCCACACCCACCCACUGCCGAGAUCUUCCAGUCCCGCCGAAAGUCAAUGGACUUAUGGCUGGGGCGCCGCCUCGCCCGCAGUGGGUCCCACCUGUGACGGGGCCAGAAAAUCCCGGCCUUGGAGUGGUGGGGUGGGGGGGGAAUUACAAAUUUCUAUGUAUGACUCACUCCCUUCUAAAUUUUUUUUUUGUGCGUAUUAUUUAACUUCACUUGACCACAAUUGUCUCGUUUGGGUACGAACUUAAUAGUUUACUUGUGACUCUUAAUUGCUCUGUUGCAAAAAUAAAGAAAAUGUGCUUAGUAAUUUAAA